AUGCAAGACAAGUUUAAGGAUUGUGGGUUUGCUCUGAGGCAGAUGGGCAGAGAAGGGAAACAGAUGGUUGCAAAUUGCUUUGUCUACCGCAGGCGGGCAUCGCGAAUGAAAAUCUGUCAUUUGCUCAGAAGAAAAGUUAGGCUGAGGCUGGACGAGGUCGUCUGCUGGAUUCAUUCUGCUGGGUCGCUUCCUCAUGAACAGACUGCACGAACUGAACACGACGAAGACGGCGGUCGGCCGUCGUGUGGUGAAGGGGCGCCCGGAGAUGACUGA